AUGAGUGGGAGGAUUCUCUCCCACCGACUUGUUCCGCUCGUGCGGACUGGUCUCGCACGUCAUCUACACAAUGCAGGUGCUCGGACCGGGGGUCUUCUGAGAGCAAACGGCAGCGCCGCUUUGAGGGGACGAACAUGGCCCAUCGGAGCGAACGGGAUACACAAUAAUGUGCCGGCGGUGCGAUCUAUCUCGUUCGCGCGAAUGCUUCCAAAGCUUGCGCUCAAGCUGGUCCGUCUACCGGCAAUGUUUGGAGGAGCUACAAUUGCAGGAGUGGCGUACCUUCAAUACCAAGCAACUCAGGCCGGAAACUAUGCGAUAGACACGAUCAAGGUCUUCGGCGAGGCGGCAGGGAACACUGCAACGGGACUCUUUUCGGGACUACAGGAAAUGGCCGAGCAGACACAACGUGGAUGGAACAAGACAACCGAAGAUGUGGACCUUCCAGAGUGGUUACAGAAGAUACUUCGCCUUGACGAAGAGUCAAAGUCGAAAAGAGAAGGCUCAGGAGGUGGUGGGGGCAAAGAGCCACAAGAAGGUCGAGCAGUUGCAGCGGCGGCGGCAACUGGUGCAGCUUUUGGUUAUGACCAGUCCAGUGAGGAGGAUUCACGUAGCGACAAAGAGAUCUUGGAGGACGAUCAGAUGAUGAUUCUUACGCGCAAAAUGAUCGAAAUUCGAAACAUUCUUCAAUCUGUCGGCCAGUCCGGAACCCUGACUCUGCCCUCGAUCGUGGUCAUCGGCUCCCAGUCGUCAGGCAAGAGCUCGGUUUUGGAGGCGAUUGUGGGCCAUGAAUUUCUGCCAAAGGGUUCAAAUAUGGUCACACGCCGACCGAUCGAGCUCACUCUGGUCAACACACCCAACGCACAGGCCGAGUACGGUGAAUUUCCGGCCCUGGGCCUCGGGAAGAUCACCGAUUUUACAUCAAUCCAACGAACGCUGACCGAUCUGAACCUCGCCGUGCCUGAGAAAGACUGCGUUUCGGACGACCCAAUCCAGUUAACCAUUUACUCUCCCAACGUUCCCGAUUUGUCUAUGAUCGAUCUUCCGGGCUAUAUUCAGGUAGCAGGCCACGACCAGCCCCCAGAGCUGAAGCAGAAAAUCGCCGAUCUAUGUGACAAAUACAUUCAAUCUCCCAACAUCAUUCUGGCCAUCUCGGCAGCCGACGUCGACCUGGCAAAUUCCACAGCGCUUCGAUCCAGCCGUCGGGUCGAUCCUCGCGGUGAGCGAACCAUUGGCGUUAUUACAAAGAUGGACCUCGUCUCUCCCGAUCGUGGUCACGACGUUCUUACCGACAAAAAGUAUCCUCUCCGCCUGGGAUACGUGGGUGUCGUCAGUCGGAUUCCUCAAACCAGCGCUCUUUUCUCCCGCGGCUCUGGAAACAUCACAAGUGCUAUUCUCAAGAACGAGAAAGCUUAUUUCUCAGCUCAUCCUAACGAAUUCGGUACUCAUUCUGAUACUUCUGUUGGUGUCAGUACCCUACGGAAGAAGUUGAUGAAUGUGCUGGAACAAACCAUGGCCUCCAGUCUUUCCGGAACCCGGGAUGCCAUUAGUCAAGAGCUUGAGGAGGCUACGUAUGAGUUCAAAGUGCAGUACAAUGACCGGCCUCUCAGCGCAGAGUCGUACCUUGCAGAGAGCUUGGACAGCUUCAAGCACUCCUUCAAGGCCUUUGCUGAGUCUUUUGGCCGGCCACAAGUUCGCGAAAUGCUAAAAGCGGAGCUUGACCAGCGGGUCAUGGACAUUCUGGCCCAGCGUUACUGGAACAAGCCCAUUGAAGAUCUGGCUUCCAAGCCCUUGGAGAUGGACCCGCUUAAAGACUUGCCCAAGGCUGAUCCCGAUUCACUGUACUGGCAUCGAAAACUCGACGCCUCCAGUUCCACUUUGACCAAACUCGGCAUCGGCAGACUUGCUACGACUGUGGUCGCAAAUGCUCUUCAAAGCCACGUGGACCAACUUCUCUCCGCUUCCACAUUUGCCUCACAUCCAGGCGCUCACAAGGAGAUCACAGAUGCCUGCAAUAGCAUCUUGAACGACCGCUUCUUUAGCACAAGCGACCAAGUCGAGAAUUGUAUCAAACCUUACAAGUUCGAAAUUGAGGUUGAAGACUCCGAGUGGAUCAAGGGACGCGAGAACGUGAGCAAGGUUUUGAAAGAAGAACUGCGCGCUUGUGAAUCGGCCACCAAGCACAUGCAGGAGCAGAUUGGAAAGCGAAAGUUGAAGGACGUUAUGUCCUUUAUUGAUAAAGUUCUCAAGGGGGACAUCGUGCUGGAAGGCAAUGGCGCCGGUGGUGCUGGCGGCUUCAGUGCCGACUUGCUAGCAAAGGGUCGAGAGGGGGUCUUCCUUCGUGACAGAGCUGAUCUCAUCAAGAUGAGGCUCCUGGCUGUCCGGUCCAAGCAAUGUGCUACGCAAAAAAACAAAUACUACUGCCCGGAGAUCUUCCUGGACGUGGUUGCCGACAAGCUUACGUCAACAGCAGUGCUCUUCCUCAACGUUGAACUGCUUUCUGAAUUCUACUAUAACUUCCCCCGCGAACUCGACGCGCGACUCGGACGACAUCUUUCCGACGAAGAGAUUGAGCGCUUCGCACGAGAAGACCCGCGGGUCCGCCGUCAUCUCGACAUUAUCCGCAAGAAGGAGCUUCUUGAACUGGCCUUACAAAAGAUCGAAAGCAUUCGCCAAUUAGAUGGUCGAAGUAUGCAUCGGAAACCGGAUCGUGCGCAUGCUGCAAAAGAUUCCCGCAGCCGAUGGAACAUCUUCUAA